GUCAGAGAGAGUGAGAGUGAGGAGCCGCUGGUCUGGUCUCAUCAGAGCCAAGCCAGACUGACAAGGGAAGCAGGGCUCUGAGGGGCCGGAACUUCCCCCCCACCCCACGAGGGAGCACCAGAGACUGCCUCAGAGUGGCCAAGGACUCCCCUGCCACGCUAGGGGUGGGGUAGCCAGGGUAGAGGGUCGAUCAGCCAGCUCCCAGAUGUCAGUCACUCCUCUGGCUCCCCUGAGCUGCAGCCAGCAGGGAAGAGCAAACUUUCCCAGGUGCCGCUCCUGCUAGUUGGCCCCCGUGGGAAUCCCCGAGCUUGCCCUUCCUUUCCUGCCCCUCUGGGAAGACCAGGGACCAGGCUUGAUUUUCAGCUGCUCAAGGCAGGGGGACACAAGGUGGGGUGUGUGGCACUGCUUGGGGCAAAAACAGAACCUCAGAGGACUGCAGACCCUGAGCCUCCCAGAAGCCCGGUUCCAUGCCCAGGGGACCCCCUGGGCCAGCCUGGACUCCAUCAUCUCCUGCUCCUUAACUUGGGCUCCCCAAGAAGGCAGGGCCCCAGCCCAGGGACAUCCCAGACCCGCGUCUGGCAGCUGGGCCCCCAGGGGAGGGCAUCGUGAGUGGCCAGGGGGAGCCCCAGGCUCUUCCACACACCAGGGAGACGGGCAAUCUGGGGGAAAAGGUACAAGAUGGGGGCUGGAGGCCCUGUGGCCAGGAGGAAGAUGGCCUGCUGACUCUGGCCAGCACCGGCUCAGGGGGGCCCGGGGAGGCUGUGGACAACAACGAUGAGGAAACUUCAACUUCUGCUCCCUGCUCCAGCUGCCCCAUCCUGGACUUGCCCCCGCCCUGGCCAACGGGCUGUGGGGCUGAGGACAUCCAGGCUUUCUGCUUUAUCUGCCUUCACAAGGAAGAGGAGCCUCUGGAAACCCUUCCACUCCAGAGGGAGAAGAUGAGUGGUGGCUGCCCAGAGCAGGAGCCCCCCCGUGCGCUGGCCUGCUGCAGUGGCAGUGGUGUGCCCCUCCUCACGGAGGACAUGCAGGCCCUCACCAUCCGCACACUCUCGGGCACGGACGUCAGCAAGCACUAUGACCUCAUCCGGGAGCUGGGCAAAGGCACCUAUGGCAAGGUGGACCUGGUGUCCCACAAGAGCACAGGGACCAAGAUGGCUCUGAAGUUCGUGAAUAAAAGCAAGACAAAAUUGAAGAAUUUCCUUCGGGAGGUCAGCAUCACCAAUACACUCUCCUCCAGCCCUUUCAUCAUCAAGGUCUUCGAUGUGGUGUUUGAGACUGAGGACUGCUACGUCUUUGCACAGGAGUAUGCACCCGGUGGGGACCUCUUCGACAUCAUCCCACCCCAGGUGGGGCUCCCUGAGGACAUCGUGAAGAGAUGCGUGCAGCAGCUAGGUCUGGCCUUGGACUACAUGCACGGGCGGCACCUGGUCCACCGAGACGUCAAGCCUGAAAAUGUGCUGCUCUUUGACCGUGACUGCCGACGGGUGAAGCUGGCCGACUUUGGCAUGACCCGAAGGGUGGGCUGCCGUGUGAAGCGGGUCAGCGGCACCAUCCCCUAUACAGCCCCCGAGGUGUGCCAGGCAGGCAGGGCCGAGGGCUUUGCCGUCGACACCGGCGUCGACGUCUGGGCCUUUGGCGUCCUCAUCUUCUGUGUCCUCACGGGUAAUUUUCCCUGGGAAGCCGCCUCAGGCACGGAUGCAUUCUUUGAGGAGUUCGUGAGGUGGCAGAAGGGGAGGCUCCCGGGCUUGCCCUCUCAGUGGCGGCGUUUCACUGAACCAGCCCUGCGGAUGUUCCAGCGGCUACUAGCCCUGGACCCUGAGAGGCGGGGACCCGCCAAGGAGGUCUUCCGCUUCCUCAAGCACGAGCUCACCUCAGAGCUCCGCCGCCGGCCUUCUUGCCGUGCCCGCAAGCCUGCUGGUGAUCGCCUGCCCGCUGGGCCACACCGCCAGGAAGCUCCAGCACCACUCAAGAGGACGGUGCUGACCGAGAGCAGCGGGACCAGGUCCUCCCCUCCCACCCCUCCUGAAUCUGGCCUCACCUCACCAGGGCCGGCCAGCAGGACGGAUGGGCGGCAGGACAAGAGCAAGGGGCAGCUGGUCCUGGCCACAGCAAUAGAGAUUUGCGUCUGAGCUGCCCCCCCUGCCCGAUGCCAGUCCCCCCUUAAAGGGCUCCUCUGUGGCAACUCCUAGGGAGGGCUCCUCACCCCAGCGCUUGCACCCAUGAGGCUAGCAAGAACCCCCCCAGACCCAGUGGGUGAAGGGGACAUAGGGGGAUGGGGGACUCAGGGUGGGGAGAGGCCCUUCCUUUGCCUGCCAAAGGAACCAGGAGUCACUGUUCCCAAAGCAAAAAAGAAACACGGUUAGACAAUAGUAAUCUCGUAGCACUAGCCUGAGUAGCUCUACAAGGUUCGGUCAGGACAGAGAUGGAAGAAUGCCCUGUUCACGUGAUGGGGAGCUGGUGGGCCCCAGAGCCCCCCAGGCUCCAGGCACUCUCCCUCCCCCAAGGAGGAAGGCACAGUGGGGUUGGGAACAGCAGGGCUGGGCUGCCGCAGUCCCACAGGGGCCUCAAGUGAGACAUUAACCAAAAAUCUGUCUAAGGGGCCAAGAAGGAGACAGGGCAGUGCCUGCUCCCUGCCCCCCUGAGAAGUGACAAGGUGAUGAGGGGCCCAGAGCCCAGAGCCCAGGACCUGCACAAAGAGGGACAGAUUACCAGAGCAGACCCAAGGUUGCGAGGUAGGAUCCUGUGGAACAUAGGGUGGUUCUUAGGGACAUCAUCCCCAGCCCAGCUAAGGCAGCAGGGCUGACUCCAAUCUACUUUCUCCACCCCUGUUUCCCACCCACCCUUGAUUCCUUCUUACCAGUUUCACCGGACUCUCUGAAGUCUUUCAGCCUAUCCUAGCCACUCUGUCCCAUUAUUCCUGGCCUUUCUCCUUCCCCCUAUCUCUUUCCUACCCUCUCCCUCCAUUGCCCCAGACUGCCUCCUUUUUCUUGGGUACCACCCUCUCCUCAGGCCCUUAGUUUUUGCCUUUCUCUUCUCUGCCUUUGGGAAGAGAGAGGGCAAGGUUUUCCUUAGAGGGCAGGGAGAAAGAAGGGGCUGUUGAUCCCCAAGUCCUGGUGGAGGCCCCAGGAUCAGAGAGCUCUCAAUGAUGAAGAUAACAGGGAGAUCCAAGGUUCUGGGCCACAUAGAAUGGGGAAAGGGAGAGCAACCACGGUAACUCCAACCCCUGGUCCCCAGCCCUACAUGCUCCAGAACUGUGAGCAGGGCAGAUCCCAGGGCAAGCAAGGAGAAGACCAGGAGUAGGAAAAAGGAAGGACACAGGGAUGAACCGACCCAGCUACCUGAAAAAUGUAGCAAAUGUGUAGUGUGUGUACGUAUGUGUGUGUGUGUGUGUGUGUCUCACAGACAUAGAACAUAGAAUGUCAGAGCUAGAAGAGAUCUUAAGAGUUCAUUUAGUCAUAGGAGCAUAGAUUUCGAGAUGAAGGGGACCUCUGAUUUUAUAAAUGGGAAGUAAGGCCCAGAGAGGGGGAGCCCAAAGUUACACAGCAAGUCAGCGCCAGAGCUAAGUCUAAAGCCCAUGUCUCCCCAAGAGGGGACACACCUAUGACCCUUUGUCACGUCUGGCUUGUCAUUUCUCUCCCAUCUGCCUGGGACAGUCGGCAGUGGGGAUAUGGCCAAGAUUCAGGAGGCAGAGGGCGGGAUUGAGGCCCUUACAAUUGAAGUUCUGAGAGAUGGGACCUUAACACAAGGAAAGGAGAGAGAGCAGGGUGAGGAUAUGUCUAGUCCAAAUUCAUCUAAAUUCUUAGGCCUGAAUCAUUGGGCCUUCCUUCUGACUCUCAUUUGAGUUGGAGCGGGAAGGAAAUACCUACCUUCCCCUUCCUUUUCCCCCCAAUCUAAGCACUCUUAGAAGAUACCAAUAAAGAAUGGUCUCCUUGGGAGGCAGCCUCAGUGGCCUGGGGACUAAGGCGCCUCUAACAAGAUAGGCGACCAGGACCAGAAAACAUGACUCCCUGGCAGAACUUUCCUGUCCUGGACUGGGAUGAAAAGUUCUUUGGAAACCUGAGCGGGUCUGGGAGCAGGGGGUGGCCAGGAGCUUGUGGCUCCAGCCAGGCAGCCAUGGGCUCCAAUCCCUGAGCCUCUCAAGGGGCGAAGUCUCCUCCUGAACUGCCCCAGAGAAAUCCAGGAUUUUGUGUGGCCAGGGCCACCGCCUCCCUAUGAUGGGGCAAAGGCCUCGGUGCCAUCAGAACUGAAGAUUGUCAAAGCUAGAAGGGACCUCUAGUUAAAUGCCUUCUUUUACAGAGGAAAUUGAGGCUUGGAGAGAGGCAGUUAUCUGCCCAAGACCAGGACUCAGAGCCUCGCUUUCUGGCUUCCAGGCCUGGGCUCUCCCCAUAAAUGGCUUUCAGCAGGGUGGUAGUAGGGCCCUGGGACCGAGGAAAGACACGGGGCAGAAGCAGCCCUGGCAGAGGAUUCCUCAACCUUUUUCCUCACUUACGGGGGGUUUGUGGCAGAAAUUACUCAGUAUCUUUGGCUUGGGAUCUGACUUACCAGCUGUCAUGCCCUAGGUCAGCCAGACAAGCACUUCUCUGGGUUGGGGUCCUGCUUACAUAGACUGGGAGGCUCUCGGGUGAGGGAGGGAGCUGUGGAAAGUGCAGUGGGGAUAAGUAUGCGUGGGUGAAUGAAGGUGUGAAUCCCCUGCCUCACCUAAAGGCAAGUCUCUUCAACUGACCCCUGAUAAAAGUGGGGAACGGGACUCAUAGGUGACACCAGUCUCCACCAAAGCCCUCAGGGAACAGACAAGGAUCCUUGGGUGAGGGCCUGGGGGUGCCAGCCUAAGGGGAAGCCCUCUUUCCCAAGCUCCCCACCACCCCUGGCUCUUCAGGAGACUCUCAGCAAUAACCUCAUACUUGGUGGGGCCAGGGAACCUAGGGGCCCCAGACCCAAAUGACUCCCCAUCCUCCAGCCACUCCCUCCCAGCCAAGGCCUACUGUUCCUCCCUACCCCAUCACAGCCUCCACUGACAGAGGAGGCUCCAGGGACCCCUCACAGGUCCAGACGACCUGGUCAACACCUCACCCUCAGGGUUGGGGGUCCUUCAUCCCCAUCAACCCAGAAAAGGGUAGGCACUGGCAGCACCCCACUCUUUCCAUCAGGGCCUGAGCCCCUCUGUAUCCAGCAUUUGGGUGAGGGAUGGAGGGUAGGGUUUGGGGAGCAGCCCCAAGCCUGUCUGGCCCCACCCCACAUCCUUGAGUGGGAUGGGCCCCCAGGUGGCUCCUGGGAGUGGAGUGCCAUACACACCCAUCCUACGAUAAGCAACAACCCCCCAGUCCCCUCCCCAAGAUCACACAAAAGGGCUAUUGACUCCUCAUCCCAGACCUAGGCACAGUUUACAAACCAAGCUGACCCUGCAUUGGCCUCAGCCUCUUUCCAUUCUCUUCAAAGAAGGGCAAAGGAUCUUGGACACUUUCAGGGCAGAGUCCUUGCUCAGGCUCAUAGUUGGAGAGGGGGGAGGGCAGGAAGGGCAACAUAUCUAGCCCAGCCAAGAUUCCAAGAGUGUCCCGUUGAGGAGCAGGCAUUGGGGCCCUCUGGAGAGGUGCUAGGGAAGUAGCAAAUGCCCCUCUCCUCCCCUAGAUUCAUCUCAGUGGAGACCCCUGCUUCCCCAUCCCCUUCCCUUGGGCAGUCAGCCUCAUUUGUUCCAGAAGGGCAAGCCCCAGGCCUGUAGCCAGGUCCAAAGCAAUUGCUGAGGCCCUGAGACCACCGGUGCCCAAUCCUGAACUCUUCAUCUUCGACUCCUCCUUUUGCCUUAGGCCUCCUCAAAGUCCUGAUCUCUCUCGUGCAAUAAUGUUGAAGUGAGACUCUGCCGUAGACAAACUUCUCAAACUCUCUUUUUUUAAAGAUCCUGUUGAGGUUUUUCUCUCAUUGUAGAAUCAUAGAUUGUUAGAACGGGAAGGGGACUGUAUGUACCAUUCUAGUCCAACCCCCUCAUUUUACCAAUGAGGAUGCUGAGGCCCAGAGAGGGAAGGUGACCUUCCCUAAGUCACACAGCAAGUUGGUGAUAGAGCUGGGAUGAGGACCGUGGUUUUCAGACUCAUGGUCAGUGUAGGGCUCUUCACGCUACACCUCGCUGCCUUCUCUGGCCAUCAGGUUGGGACCCUUUGCCCCAUAAGAGAGCUUUUGGUCACAGAUGUUUACCUCAGUUUAUGUCACUGUCAAAGAAACAAAAAUAUACAUAUAUAGCAAAAAAAAAAAAAGAUAGAUGUGAAAACUGCAAAACAACAAAAAUUCCCCUAGUGAUUCUUCCUGUUGUGAAGGUGCAGUGUAUGUUUCCCAGGCUGGGCAGGAGUAUCCACCUAUUCUGCCUAGCCUUGCUUCCUGUCUUCAGUCUGUCAAACCCCCCCAGACCAUGCCCACCCCUUUCUUUGGACUGAUCAGGGACUGAAGGGUAAAUCAAAUCUCCUUCCUCCUACAAUGAAAUCUCCCUGUGAACUGGUGCUUCUCAAUUUUUCACCCAGUAGUUGUGCACUAGGGUGGAGUGGGAGGGUCGGGAGGAAGAACCUUGUGGUUUCCCAGGGUGGAGUGUGGCAGAAGCUCCAAGAAAAAAAAGGGGGCCUAGUGCCAACCCAUUGGUAAAACCCUCCUAGCCAGUCCCUACAACCCAAAGUAAUUGGGAAUCUAGAAGCCAAGCUAGAAAACAGAUCCUAGGUGGGGUGGAUGGGGAAAGUCUUCAAGAAAAGAGGUUGGGUGCUGUGGUCUUCUCUCAUUGGCCACACCAGGCAGUGGGGAGGCCCCAGCCCUGAGCUCAGGGAUGCCUGAGCCUCAGAAUCCUAUUCAGCUGCACUACCACCAUCACCUCCCAAGCUCUGGCUCUUCUCUAUAUUCUCUGGGCCGGGUGGAUCCAAAUUGGGAGAAGCCCCAAGCUGGUCUCUCCCAGGAUCCCCAGAGCCCAGCCUGCAAACCCCCUCUAAGCCUUCCUCACUUCCAUCAAUACCCUGACUUGGUCAUCUAACACUAUGCUCAUUGGGGGAUCCCCGGGGCUCCCCCCUUGCCCAAAUCUGGUUGGGCUGUGAGUUUGGAGGGUAAAAAUGUAUGUAUGUUCUCCCUGUACCAAGCCUGGGAUGGGAGACCAGAGUUAAUCUCCUACAGAGAAACCACCACUACCCUGCAGUCCCAUUCCUCUCUCUGAAGACCUCAUCGUCCUGUCUUCCUCCACUCCCACCCAAGUGUUUGUAAAUACUUUGGAAUCCUUUGCCCCUAUAAGAAGGAGGUUUUUAAAUGUGUUAUUUACUUCUAUAUUAAUGACAAUUGCUAUAAAAUAAAGGGUUAAAAAAGCUGA